UUGGGGGCUUUGCCAGGAUUUCUAGGGUUCUUGGGAGCUCGCGCGCGAAUCAAAUAUUUCCAGGGCUUGUGCUAGCGCCUUGAUUUCCAGGGCUCUUGGCGCGCCGAUCGCCACAAUGUUUAGCGUCAAGGUUCACGAGAUAGGGGAUCACUCGGUGCCGUCGGAGUUGCCGGAUUGGAUCGAGACCCUGAGGUUUUCUUCCGGGAAUCCCAGAGUGGAGACUACACGCGGCGAAAUGCAUCUCUUCCGCAACACGGCAGCCCAGCCAGGAGCGAUCGGAGCAUUGCCGAGUGGUAGAAAUGAGCAACUGUGUAUCCUUGCAGUGCCUAGCCUCAUGACUGGCGCUGACCUUUGUCAGUUCACGGGCUCGUUCUUUCAAAGCAUCAAAGAGAUGCGGAUCGUCAGCAGGAACGAGACAAGCAAGGACAGAUACAGUGUUGUGAUGAAGUUUGAGGAUCAGAUCUCUGCCGAUGAGUUCUUCAGGCAUUUCAACGGGCGACCAUUUUCAUCACUUCAGGAACAAAUUUGUCAUGUUCUUUUUGUAGCUGAUGUUCAAUACACUUCUUCCGGCGGGGAUGCAUCCUCUGCUCCUUCGGGGCUGACUGAACUUCCAAGCUGCGCUGUCUGCCUAGAGAGACUGGAUCAACAUGUUAGCGGAAUCUUAACGACUGUUUGCAAUCACUCGUUCCACACAUCUUGCAUUUCCAAGUGGACCGAUUCUACAUGUCCGGUUUGUCGAUACUGUCAAGAGAAAUACGAAAACUCGACGUGCUCCGUUUGCUCCACUGCAGACAAUCUUUGGAUCUGUGUUAUAUGUGGCUUUGUUGGUUGCGGAAGAUACGAGGAGGGCCAUGCUAUAAACCAUUGGAGAGAAACUCAACAUUGUUACUCACUUGAACUAGAAACGCAGCGGGUAUGGGACUACGUGGGAGACAACUACGUUCACAGAUUGAUCCAAUCCAAGACUGAUGGAAAGCUGGUGGAGCUUAAUGCUCCGUGUCAAGACGCAAAUGCCAGUUGCGAGUGCAGCGGCGGGAUGGAUUUUGCUGAAGCUAUCAGUCGGAGCAAAAUCGAUGCAGCGAAGUACGAUUACGAGCACCUCCUAAGCGUACAGAUGGAAAGCCAGCGACAGCAUCAUGAACUUUUAAUGGCUCAAGCUCUAGAAGAAAGAGCGAAAAGUUUCAAAGACCGAGAAAAGGAAAUCGAGAGAGGCAUUUCCUUGAAACUGCAAACGAUGCAAGAUACAAUCCGGAAAGCAGAGGAGGAGAAAGCAUUCCUCGAGCAGAUGAACGAAUGCCUCCGGAAAAACCAAGAGGAAUGGAGGACAAAGUAUCGUCAGCUAGAAGAGAACCAAGCACUGCUGAUCAAGGAGCGGGACAACAAAAUUCGGGAUCUGGAAGAGCAAGUUCGAGAUUUCAUGGUGUUCAUAGAAGCACAGAGGACGAUUUCUAAGCACAGUGAGAUGCAACAAGGUAGCGUCCUUGUGGGUGACUCAAGCUCUGAGAAGCUCAAGGUGGCUCGAAACAGGCGAAAGAGAUAAAAGGCUUUGGUGUGUAAUGAUCACACCCAACUUCUAGGAACUCAGAACUCUGUAGGAAUAGAUAAUGACCGACCAAGUUUGAUUUGAUAUCAUCAGCUGAGUUGAGGUUACCCUUAGAAUUCCUCAAGUCUCCCAAGCACUCCUUGCAAUCAGCCAAAGUUGGCAUGGAUCUGGACAUCAUCUGCAAUUAGAUGGUUGAAUACUAAGUCCAGCUCAUGUUUCCUUAUUUGGAAAAAUGUAA